AUCUUGUUCAGAUCUGAUGAACGACUUGAUCUCCGUUUCUCUCUUUUUCCCCAAUAUACUUGUGAACAUAAAAGUCCAAGUAAAAUGUUGAUACAUAAAAGUGGAAAACUUUUCAUUCAGUUAAUUUUAAACAUCCAAAAUAUUAUUUUAUUCACAUAUACAAAUAACUGUCUGGCCAAAGAAUACAACUCAAUCGACUCGAUUAACUCUCUAAACGAGAAAGAUUUUCCUAAUGAAGAUUAUAAUAAUAAGCCUUAUUUUGCCGAGAUAAUGUCCAAUGUAACGGUUCAAGUUGGACGUCCUGUUAAAUUUCAAUGUGUAGUUGAAAAUCUUGGCACUCGACAAGUUGCCUGGGUUCGCAAGGAUAAACAUACAUUAUUAGCACUUGGAAAGGAAGUUAUUAGUAAAAAUAGUCGAAUCGAUGUCUCGAAUCAUACAGACAAAAUAUUUUCUCUCAAAUUAGAUCCAGUUAGAGAAGAGGACAGAGGUGAAUAUAUGUGCCAAAUAAACAGUUCUCCUGUAAUCGAUCAAUCCGCUUUCCUCCGUGUAACAGUGCCACCUUAUUUUGUUGAGGAUCAAACAAGUUCAGAUACUGAUGUUGAUGAAAAUGAUUCUGUAAGUUUACGAUGCACAGCAAGAGGAUUCCCUGCACCUACGAUUGAAUGGAGGAGGGAAGAUAAAGAAUCUAUUGAUGCCUUAUCACCAUCAUCAAUAUCUUCAUCUAGUGACAAUAAGAAUGUUCGAACCGUUCAAGGUACUUUUUUGAACUUAAGUCAAGUUCGUCGGCAACACAUGGGUGUUUAUCUAUGCAUAGCAUCAAAUGGAAUACCAAAUUCUGUAAGCAAACGGAUUUUUCUCGGAGUUAAAUUUCCACCUCUUGUCUGGACACCGUUACAACGUGUUGGGUCACCUUUAAACGGAGAAGUCACUUUAAAUUGUAUUGUUGAUGCUUAUCCCAAACCCGAUUGUUAUUGGAUGAAAACAUCGACACGACAAAUUAUUUUGGACAAUUCUAAAUAUUCAACAUCAAUCACAUCUAAUUCAUUCAAGUACGAGGUCACUUUAACCAUAAAGAAUGUCGAUUAUCAAGAUUUUACCAGUUACAGUUGCGUUGGUAAAAACGUACUAAGUGAAGCCUCAGGAACGAUUGUCCUAUUUGAGAUACCACGUCCAUCGACCCAACGGGCAGUUAUUAAUAGUAUAACAAGUCCACCGAGUAAAGAAGUUACAAAAAAUAGAAAAAAUUAUCUUGGUAAUACAAAAAAUUCGCUCAAUUCUGAUUCCAGUGAUAAAGAAAAAUUAAAUUUUGCUUCAUUCAAAACGAAUUCAUACAAAAACGAUAUUCCAUCGGAACAAAUUACAAUGCAAACCGAAGAUGGAGUAACAACUACCGACGAUUUAACAGAAUCAAUGGCAGAUUCAUCAUCUAAAGAAUUAAUUACUUCCUGGUCAAUUGGUUUUCUUAUCGUCUCUCAUUUAAUGAUCACAUUUAAUUAACCAUUAGAAGAAUUUGAUUGUGUUUUCCAUUCCCUUCGAUUAUCACAGUUUCAUCUUCGUCAUCUUGAAUACCCUCUUCUCAUAUUGUGCCCUUUCAAUUUGUUUCUCCUCAAAUUUAAAUUGAAAGACAAUUAACAUGUUUGUAACUAUUAUUACAAUCGAAUCAAGUAAAUUGGCUUAAUCGAUGAAAAUUCUGUGCUAACCGAAGUAUCGUGAGCUUAUAUAUAUUUAAA